AUGACACGCAUUAUCACACAUGCCUUCCUUCUUCCCCCAACUAAGACUGAUCUUUUCCCUCUGACCGCUAUGGACAGAGUCCUGCAACAGCGGCUCGAUCUAGAACAGCACCUCAGCGCACUGCCCCAUCUUCCUCGAGAACCGCAACAGUAUGAGAAUUGGACAUACCAGUUCAUCAUCAAGCUGGGUCUUUGUGAGGAUCCGCCUUACACUGCCCUGCCACAGGUGGAUCCGACCCGUAGGAUUCCUGAAAAUCUACUGCUAUUUGUCAACCGUGCUUAUGCAAGUAUCGAACCAUUGGUGGAUGCGACAUGGUUCUAUUGGGGCGCCAACAUUUUGGUGGGCUUCAAGAACUGGAUAGGUGUCGAGGAGAUUGUCAAAGCCUGCAACCUUGCAGCAAGUGCAAAGUUGAUAACUCAGCAGGUUUUGACUGCGCUAGUACAGUACAUUCUUGGUAAGAAAUCGGCUUCUAGCAGUUCCACCUCCUUAGAUUCGAUCUCCAUGCACAUGAUGUUCUGGCAACCUCAGCUGGAUCACACUCCAUUGUCCUCACAAUCUUCCUAUCAGGAAGAUGGUUUGUCCAGUGCGGCCACAUCAGUGCCUUUCUCUUCGCCAUCAGACAUCACAUAUAGUCUUUCAAAUGCGUCAACAGCCAUGCCCUCUCCAACGAUGUCAAACAUUGCAUAUAGUCCAUUGAACGGGGCAACAGCCACACCCUCUUUCGCACCAUCGUAUUUCGACUAUGUCUCAGAUCUUACUGAUCUUCCCAGUCGCACGAUCAGAGUACCCACUCCCCACCCAGUGAAGACUAUCAAAAUGGCCGGCUAUGAUGGGGAUAUCAGUGACGAGAAUUCAUUCAUAAACUCUGAAUCUCCAUCUGCCAUGUCCGGUCGUUCUGUUUACACCACGGCAGAGGCCAUGGAGACAUCUACUGUUACGUCACAUUCGCUUUCCAGCAAUCCCAAAGUAGAACAUCACGAGAACAUGAACUCGCUCAUGCUCAUAUCGCACCCGCCUUCCCCCUUGACCACGGUGCCAUCCGUCACCACAUCGGAUCCUCCAUCUAGCGAUUGCACUGUUUUGCAUGACACACAAAUUGCUAACCUGCGCAUAUUACCGGUAACCACCGAAAUGCUUGCAGGGAGUGAUGUGGGGACCCCUACUCUGGACUGUCGCCCUUUGCUCCCUAACACAGACUCUAGGGGAAGACUGGAAGAGAAGGGCAGGCUGCUAGCAAUACGGCAAGAUAUGAAGUAUCUGCAGCACGAGUUGACUUUGCUGCGAGCUGAGAGCAGAGCUGAUGCAGAGGAGGAGGCGAUGAUCCUAAGGGACAUUGCACGCUUGUUGGCGCAUUGA